AUGUCCAGGCUUGCUGUACUGUUUGCCGUCUUCGUAGCCAUCUUCGCUGGGCUCUCCUCGGCCAAGAUCCUGACAUUUGGUGGAUGGCCCAGAACGUCCAACCCGCUUGCUACGGUGGCGCCCGCUGACGCCGACUCGGACGACAACUUCACGACCGCAGGAGUACAUGGACUAAAGAGAGCUUCAUCUUCAAGCGUCGACGAUGAAUCUGUGGACAGUGAGGACUCUCCGGAUAGUGAGGACUCUGUACACAGCGUACUCCAAACUGAGCUUUCAACCGAUGCAUCGAGUGACGACGAUCGAGAUGGCGGGACAAGUGACCUCGACGAAUCGUCCGACAGCAUUGACAGCAAAGCUGGGACCAUCAGUGGCUCAACUGCAUCUUCGGGCUCCACGGCCGCUCAGUUCGCGAUUGGCAGCGUCGUCAACGCAACCAGCACGAUCAAACCCACUUACCCGAACUGGGUGGGGUUGGAGGGCGACAUCGACAUUUCAUUUUCCUCGGCGUGCUACCGCAAGACCCACAUCACGAAGAACUGCCCUAUCGGGUACGAUUACAAGCUCGGAAUGUGCUGGGCUCAAUGCCCUUACUCGUACCCCGUCAAGUGUGGAAUGGAGUGCAUCCGCCGGAACGAUGAUUGUGGGCUGGAAGUCGCGACCAAAGCCUUCACGGUGAUCCAGGCCAUGAUGUCCUAUACUACCAUGGGUGUGUUCUUCAAAUUCUGGGAGUUGGCGAAGGGAUUCCAGAGAGCUUUCAAGUGUGUCAAGGCCUGGUUGGGUUUGACCAAGUCGCUGGUCAAAUACAUCCGCUACGUUAAGGUGUCCGACCCCCAGACUUCGCAAGAAAAGUUGCUGGCGAUUCUCUAUCAGACGGACAACAUCGUCAUCGACAUUCCGGUGGCAGUCAGGUACUGUAUGGGGAAAAAGAUUCCGGAGGAAGUGAAGCUUGCUGACAGAAUCGUCACCACUGCUGAGUUGACGUUGAGGGAGGUCAUGAAGCACCCCGACGAGAUUGUUUCGAGCUGGGGAAACUUCACCAACUUCCUGAAAAAAGUUUCAAUGAACGAGUCGGUCGAGUCUCUCGGUAAAAACGACAUCACCAACUUGAAGACUUCGCUGGAAUCCAAUUCAACUUGCGGCUACGACAUGAAGCGACUGCUGGAUCGCACGUGGAUGACAAUCGCAGAGUUCCGUAAGCACAACCCGACUAUGUCUGAGAACGACAUUCGCGUUGCUAUGAGCAAGUCGACUCUCGUGCUGAAUGACAUCCCGAUUGCGACAAACAACUGCAUGGACGAGCUCAUCGCACAGUCCAACGAGAAAAAAGCCUACGCUACGAGAGAUACGCUGCGGAAAACCUUCGGGAGUAUCGUCGAGGAUCUGAUCACCUCAGGAACGAGCAGCAACGGCACGUUUCUCAAAGCUGAGGAGUACGCGUUUAAGGUCGCUGACAAGGCCGCGGGAUUCUACGCCAUUUGGGAUAUGUGGGCUGUUGGUGGUGUCAUCUCUGAGUACUUCCAGUCCAUUUGUGGCCCGACCGAAUACGUCGGUGAAAUUGACGACGGACCAGCGAGCAAGGCGCUGGGCCUGACCACCGUUCAGCGUGCUUUCAACAAGAGCGAGGGCUUGUGGACGAAAGUUGGCGAUGGCAGCGUUACGAUCACGUUUAAGAGUGUCGAUACCGAAGACGUGACGGUGAAUAUCAAGUCUGGCGGUGACAAGAUCGACGAAGUGGACGUCCCGGCCGGUAAAACGGCGACGUGGAGGUCGAAUGUGACUGCUUUGGGAGGCAAGACGCUGUACUUGGAUCGGUGGAGGCCCGGAUUCCUGGGCCUUCCAGGCACAGGUGGCGGCUCACUGCUGCUAUGGAUGCCUCGAUCAACUCAGGGCAGCUUGCAGCUCACUGCGAUGCUGAAUGUUAGUUAG